AUGAACAUCGUGCCUCUGACGAAAGAAGCGCUCGCUGGACGACAACGUGGCUGCAAGUGCAAGAAGUCCACUUGUCUCAAGCUCUACUGCGAGUGUUUUGCAGCAAGUGGUUACUGUACAGAAAGCUGCCAGUGCGUUGGCUGCAAGAAUCAGACGUCCAAUCAGGUGGAGAUUGACCAGGCUAUCCAGGUCAUUGAGAAGCGCAGACAGAAGUCGUUGCGCUCUUCAGUGCGAGUCAACCGAAUCCUGGAGCCAGACCAUGUCGAAGAACGCACAAGUCGCUCGAUGACUUGCACCAAGCCACCUGCGACAUUCUCUACAGCUCAAGAAUCUGCUGCAGCAUUCGGUAGAGCAUUACCUCGACAAGUAUGCGCCUGUCCAGAUGGUCACUGCACCAGUGACUGUCCGUGCUUGAGCUCAUUUGGAGUCUGCUUGCCUCACUGCCGAUGCAAAGGUUGUCUGACGGUGCAGCGACAGCCCGAGAGAACAAAAGGAUGCAGCUGCAAGAAGUCGAAUUGCCUCAAGCUCUAUUGCGAGUGCUUAGCAGCGCAACGGAUAUGCGACCAGCGCUGCAAUUGUAGAGGAUGCAAGAACCGACAAGAGACGCUGGUGGAAAGAGAGCGAGCAGUUGCGACUAUUCUAGAGAGGAAUCCAUUGGCUUUUCAGCCCAAGGUUGCCAAUGGAUCGAGUCAACAUUUACGAGGGUGCAAUUGUCGCAAGAGUGCUUGUACGAAGAACUAUUGCGAGUGCCAUCAAGCCGGAGUGGCGUGCACCUCUCGCUGUACAUGCCAUAGGUGCCAAAAUACGGAGACUUGUGUCCUGGCCAAGAAAAUGCUAGUGCUUGCAGGUGUCGAUAUGGAUGGAGACAGUCGGCGUGUCAGUUCGAAUCCACCGUCGCAACGAAAGCUUGCAAAGCGGCCACAUGGCAUAGAUCUGAAGGACGCAGACACACAAGUCGGAUUGCAGACGCCACCUCAAGUAUUUGCAACGAAGCCUAACGCGUUCGAAUUGCUAUCGAGAACGGCUCCGGUCGGACCAUUCACACUGAAUCAGCGAAGGAAAUCAGCUGAGGAUGGUGCUACUUCAAGCAUGCCAAGUAAACGUUCACCCAGCCAUAUGGACCGCUUCCACGCAACAGGCGAAAGCGUUGCUGCACCGAUAUUUGUCAAGCGAAAAUAUGCGAGGCAAAACUCGCACAAAGUGCCUUUCGUAGAGCGAAUUCAAGGAACUUCCGUCUCGAUGGAUGGAGGCCAGCUGCCGGAUGUAGUGGAUACCGUGACCAACGUGUACGAUGCGAGGAACACGGGAGGAGUCAGUGAUCCGGAGCUCACCAUUCUAAGUCGGUCACUGCUUUACACUGCAGCGGGUGUUGCAUGUGCUGGCGAGGAGAACAAGGUUGCAGCUUUUUCUGUGGAUCAACAGCCGGCCGAACAGCAAGACGGGGAUGUUGAAGCGGAACCACAGUGUGCCGAUGACUUCAGUCAUGAUCGUGAAGCAUUGUCACCAACUGCUGCUAGUUUGUUCUGCGAUGAAGAGUACAGUGAGGCUGCAGAUGAAGAUGCCGACGCACCAAAGCUGGUGCCAAACGGAUGCAACAUGGCAUUUGGCUCAACGUCGACCGAUCAGGAGUCCAAUCUCCCACACGGGCAGAACCGGGGGAAGAACGGUCGAAGCGCCCUGCAAGAACGCGCUGUGCUUCAAGAGUUUAGCGUGUGGCUUCGAAACUUGGCAGCUGGUAUCCCUUCGUGCAAAUGA